GUUUACAGUUUCUUCAGUGCAGCCAAAGUGAAACACACAGAAAGCUACGGAGCUCACGAGGUAGCAUUAGCUCCUCUUAGAAGGUAGUUUGAAAACAGGUUUGGUGUUUUCGGUAAAUAUUUCCGUGUUUUCAGUGAAAAUGUCUUCAGUUCCGCCUCAGAGAGAGUUUAUCAACGAGCAGGUAACUCCUGCUGGAGAAACAUUCACAGAGUUUAAAGAAAUCAACGUUAAGAUGGAGGAAGAGAUGGAGGAUCAGCGCAGACUGAUGGAUUUUACCCGGAUACCGAGGAUCAUCUUACACCGGAUAGAUCUCCCACAAUGUUGUGUGUGUAAAGAGGAGGAGGUUCUCAAUGAAACAGAACCACAGAGGAACCAACUCAUCUCUCAUGGCUCUGCAGAAGCUGAGAGCCAGAAUCAGGAAGGAAUCAAUUCUGAAGACCCAGGAAAAGAGAGAAAGGAAGAACAAAAACAAAAGGAGAAAUAUGAGAAAACCAAAGAGCAGAAAGGCAGAACUGACACUUCAAAACAAAAAAAGCACAAGAAAGCUCACACAGGGCAAAAAUUAUAUUCUUGUAAAAUUUGUGAUAAAACCUUUUCUCAAAACGAUAUCUUGCUGAGACACAUAAGAAUUCACAAAGGUGAGCGGCCUUUUUCUUGUGGGACUUGUGGAAAGAGUUACAGUAACAGAGGGACUUUAACUCAUCACAUGAGAAUUCACACAGGUGAGAAGCCUUUCUCCUGUGGAUCCUGUGGAAAGAGUUUCUCUCGAAAGGACGCUCUAAAUGUCCACAUGAUAACUCACACAGAUGAGAAGCCUUUCUCUUGUGGGUCUUGUGGAAGAGGUUUCUCUCUAAAAACUCAUUUAAAUGUUCACAUGAGAAUUCACACAGGUGAGAAGCCUUUCUCUUGUGGGUCUUGUGGAAGAAGUUUCUCCCAAAAAGCCCAUUUAAAUGCUCAUAUGAAAGUUCACAAAGGUGAGAAGCCCUUCUCAUGUGGGACCUGUGGAAAGAGUUACAGUGAAAGAGGGGCUUUAACUCGGCACAUGAGAAUUCACACAGGUGAGAAGCCCUUCUCAUGUGGGACCUGUGGAAAGAGUUACAGUGAAAGAGGGGCUUUAACUCGGCACAUGAGAAUUCACACAGGUGAGAAGCCCUUCUCAUGCGGGGCCUGUGGAAAGAGUUACAGUGAAAGAGAGCCUUUAACUCGGCACAUGAGGAUUCACACAGGUGAGAAGCCUUUCUCUUGUGGGACUUGUGGAAAAAGUUUCUCACUAAAAGGACCUUUAUCUUAUCACCUGAGAAUUCACACAGGUGAGAAGCCUUUCUCUUGUGGGACUUGUGGAAAACGUUUCUCACAAAAAGGACCUUUAUCUUAUCACCUGAGAAUUCACACAGGUGAGAAGCCUUUCUCUUGUGGGAUCUGUGGAAAAAGUUUCUCUCUGAAAGGCCAUGUAAAUGCUCAUAUGAAACUUCACACAGGCGAGAAGCCCUUCUCAUGUGAGACCUGUGGAAAGAGUUACAGUGAACGAGGGACUUUAACUAAUCACAUGAGAAUUCACACAGGUGAGAAGCCUUUCUCUUGUGGGAUCUGUGGAAAAUGUUUCUCUCGGAAAGGCCUUGUAAAUGCUCAUAUGAAAAUUCACACAGGCGAGAAGCCCUUCUCAUGUGAGACCUGUGGAAAGAGUUACAGUGAACGAGGGACUUUAACUCGGCACAUGAGCAUUCACACAGGUGAGAAACCUUUCUCUUGUGGGAGCUGUGGAAAAAGUUACAGUAACACAAGUUAUUUAUCUCGUCACAUGAAGACUCACUCUGAUGAGAAGCCAUAGGUCCAAAACAGAUCCGAUCCAAUUUGGCAUCUAAUCUUAUGGAAAAUCUGGUCAGAUGAUGUAAACAGCAAGUUGAACAUAUUAAAGUCAACAGAUUCUUGCAGGCUGCUAGUGAUUCACUGUGAUUGUGUCUUUCACUGUCUGACCAAAAUAAACCUGAGGUCUACUUUUGCCUAGCAGCUUGUUUUCCUUAAACCAGUUUUUUGUUUUAAUUCUCAGUCGUAUUUGUACUUAAGAUCCCCAUCAGUAUCCCAUUAGAUACUGAAGUUAAAGAGGGGAACACAUUCAGACAGGAUUAAUUUCUGUGCAUUUCAGUUUUCAUGGAGUUCUGUACCAUGUAGAAUAAUUGAGUUUAGCUUUUAUUUGAAGUUUCUGUGUUUGACUGGAUGUAAAAUACUUUAGAAAUGAAAGCAGUGAAAUGUUCUUGUUUUUCCAUAAAUAAAACUCUGAUGUUUGUUUGAAAAAAAACUCUAAAAUAAUUUUGAUCUGGUCAGAUUUUGAUUUAGAGCUAACCACAGAGAGGUUUUUAUGUUCCCAAAUUUUUGUCAUUGUUACACUUUGCUAUGAGAAGCAAAGUAUAUUAUUAAAAAGGUUUGUUAAAAUAUACACUAGUAUUUUGAGCAGAAUAUGCUUUUUAAUAACUGUUGAUUUGAAUAAAUAUUGAUGGAUUAUUCA